CGACAAUUAACUAGCCGUAGGUGGUAGAACGCGUCUAUCUAACAAAUUGUAGUUAGAAAAAAGAAUUUUGAAAUAACUUACAAUUAGUAUGGUGCAUUUGUUUGAUUUUAUAACUGAAUAUGAAUGAAUAAAUCACACUCUUUUAUUUAUAAGUAAUAAUAAAAUAAGUAACAAUGACUGACGAAGUAAUAAAACAUUCUGUGCACACACUAGUGUUUCGUUCUUUGAAAAGAUCCCAUGAUAUGUUCUUAGCAAAUCAAGGAAUGCUACCACCGAUCGACGAAAAAGCGGAGAAAAUACUUAGAGCUACUAAAACACGGGAUAGUUAUGGACUUGUCAUGUCAGCUGUACAAAAGGCACAAGCCAUCAAACAACAGGAAGCGAGCUUGAGCCGCCCAGAAACUCCCCAUGACACAGAAAUAGCGGAAUCUGCAGCCAUUGCUUCAGAUGGAGCCAUGCUUCCAUAUAGUGGGCCUGCUCCUACAAAUACAGCAAUCACACCCCUACCAAGGAAAGCGCCAGUAAUGCCGAGGCCCAAGUGGCAUGCCCCAUGGAAACUGUUCAGGGUUAUAUCUGGACAUCUUGGAUGGGUCCGUUGUGUUGCUGUGGAGCCAGGGAAUGAAUGGUUUGCUACUGGUGCUGCUGACAGAGUAAUAAAGAUUUGGGACUUGGCAACUGGUAAACUGAAAGUAUCUUUAACAGGACAUGUGAGCACAGUAAGAGGAUUGGAAGUUUCUGCUAGACACCCAUACUUGUUUAGUUGCGGUGAAGAUAGACAAGUCAAAUGUUGGGAUCUUGAAUACAAUAAGGUUAUCCGCCACUACCACGGGCACCUGUCCGCGGUGUACACGCUCGCGCUGCACCCCACCAUCGAUGUGCUGGUGACGGCUGGUCGAGACGCGACCGCUCGCGUGUGGGACAUGCGUACCAAGGCAAAUGUACAUACGCUCGCCGGCCACACGGACACCGUCGCGUCGCUCGCGUGCCAGUCCGCCGAGCCGCAGAUCAUUACUGGUUCACACGACUCCACGAUACGUCUAUGGGACUUAGCUGCUGGCAAAUCAAUGUGCACUCUCACAAACCACAAGAAAUCAGUUCGAUCUAUUGUCAUCCAUCCAACGUUAUACACAUUCGCGUCAGCUUCACCAGAUAAUAUAAAACAAUGGAAGUGUCCAGAAGGAAAGUUCAUACAGAAUUUAUCUGGACACAAUUCUAUUGUUAAUUGUAUGGCGGUGAACCCUGAAGGUGUACUUGUAAGUGGUGGUGAUAAUGGCACAAUGUACUUCUGGGAUUGGAGGACAGGGUAUAACUUCCAGAGAUUACAGGCAGCAGUACAGCCGGGGUCCAUGGACUCGGAAGCGGGUAUAUUCGCUAUGACGUUCGACCAAUCCGGAUCACGUCUCAUAACCACAGAAGCUGAUAAAACCAUCAAGAUAUACAAAGAAGACGAUACGGCUUCUGAAGAGACGCACCCGAUCAAUUGGCGCCCAGAGAUAUUGAAGAGACGAAAGUUUUAAUUAAGAAUAACUUUAAUAAAGGAUUUCGUAAUGAA